GCUGCCAAACUGCCUUGUCUUUGACCGGAGACCAAGCGGCUGAGAGGCGGACGAUAACAGCAUCCUUUGCUGUUAUUCAGCCUUCACGCAUCUCAAUGAACCGCACACAUCGACACCACUGAUAGUGCCUACUGCUUCUCGCAGGGAGGCACCAACACUUUUUUUUACUCAUUCCCCCUCCACCAGACACAAGUAACAUUUUUAGGUGUCUGUAGCCUACUUUUUUUUAAAGCCUCCAACCAUGGUGCUCGGGAAGGUAAAGAGCUUCACGGUGAGCUACGACUGUCUCAAUGACAGCAACGUGCCCGUGUUCUCCAGCGGGGACUGCGUCUCAGGGAGGGUGGUCGUCGAGGUGACCGGCGAGAUCCGCGUCAAGUCCCUUAAGAUCCACGCCAAAGGCUUCGCCAAAGUUCGCUGGACCGAAUCGCGGAACGCCGGUUCCAACACCGCCUAUACGCAAAACUACACGGAGGAAGUGGAAUAUCUCAACCAUAAAGACGUUCUCAUUGGACACGAGAGAGACGAUGACAACUCUGAGGAAGGACUCACCACUAUCCAUUCAGGAAGACACGAGUAUGCAUUCAGCCUGGAGCUUCCACAGACACCUCUGGCUACCUCUUUUGAAGGGAAGCAUGGCAGCGUGCGCUAUUGGGUAAAAGCAGAACUCCACCGGCCGUGGCUUCUUCCCAUCAAGACCAAGAAGGAAUUCACCGUCUUUGAGCACAUUGACAUCAACACUCCGUUACUGCUGUCACCACAGGCCGGCACAAAGGACAAGACUCUUUGCUGUUGGUUCUGCACCUCAGGUCCAAUUUCCCUAAGUGCCAAAAUUGAACGGAAGGGGUACACCCCAGGAGAGUCGAUCCAGAUCUUCGCAGAGAUCGAGAACUGUUCGUCCCGCAUGGUGGUUCCUAAGGCAGCCAUCUAUCAGACGCAGACUUUCUAUGCCAAAGGGAAGAUGAAGGAGGUCAAGCAACUAGUGGCCAACCUGAGGGGAGAGUCCCUGUCCUCAGGCAAGACUGAGACCUGGAGCGGCAAAAUGCUUAAGAUCCCUCCAGUGUCGCCUUCCAUCUUGGACUGCAGCAUCAUCAGAGUGGAAUACUCCCUAAUGGUGUAUGUGGACAUACCAGGGGCAAUAAACCUUUCCCUGAACCUGCCACUAGUCAUUGGAACCAUCCCCCUGCAUCCGUUUGGCUCCCGUACAUCCAGCGUGAGCAGCCAAUGCAGCAUGAGCUGGCUGGGGAUGGGUCUUCCCGAGAGGCCUGAAGCUCCUCCAAGCUAUGCGGAAAUCGUGACUGAAGAGCAGCGGCAGAGCAGCCUGGAUGUACCGGCGGCUCGCGAAGAUCUGGAUGGACCUCUUUUUGCCUACAUUCACGAGUUCCGCUUCCAGCCUCCACCUCUCUACUCAGAGGUGGAUCCUAACCCCGACCACACCGACCGUCCAGAAGUGCGCAGGGCCGACGCCUGUCCAUCACGCUGAGGCGUGGACUGGAAAUUCCCUUGGCUGACUCGGGAACCCAAAGAAACCUGCACGCUACGAGGCUCCACAUUGUUCAUUCUUCUCCGAAAGUGGCGUCGAUGACACCGAGAGAGAAAUCUGAAGGAUCCGACCGACAAAGACUCUGUUGGGAUUGGACAAAUGUGUCAGCGACAAGAAAAGUCACUGUUUUGCUGGCUCACUCGCUUGCUAAGGGUGGGCCGUGUACAGACAUUUUUCAUCUGUAUGGGAACCCUUUAGAAACGAGAAAGAGUCUGAAGGUGUGGCACAUAAGGACAAAAGGCUUCACCAGUCACGUCCAGACUUUCUUUAUCAGAAAAAGAGAAUAAGCGCCUCGGCCCAGAAUACGGUCGUUGACAAGAGCGCCCCCUACAGAGCAAAAGUCCUCCUGCCUCAUUUUGGGAUUUGGUUUUGCACAUCUUUCUUCUUGACUCAGUGGCUCUGUUUAACGGCUUGCUUUUCCAGACUCUUGGAAAUGCAAGACUGAAAAAGACAAGAACGAUGCACUGAUUUUUUUUUCCUUUUAAGCCCAUUCAAGAAGUUUUUCCUUAGUGACUUGACGACUGGACUUUUUUUUUUUUUUUUUUUAACAACUACAAUACCAACCGCAGCACACUUUGGUCUACCUAGAAGCUCUUUCAAGAUUUUGCCUCCCCUGCUUGGAUCUAGUAUGGCUUCCCUUUGUUCGUUCGCUACAAAUUUGUGUGUGUGUGUUUUGAGCAGGGGUUUGCAGGCCUCAUUUUGCUACUAGAAUUGUGAGGUUUUCCUCAGUCUGUAUGCCUGCUGCCCCUCUUCUCUCUUACUGCCCAAAAAGUACUGUUCAGUGUGUCCAGUGCUAACAUAGCAGAAAAAAAAAGUUUGUAAUUGCACUGUUAAGAAAUAAUGAAGAGUUCUGUUUGUUUCAAGCUAGCAAAACUAUUUGGAGAAACAACGUGGACAUGAGCGAGGCAGCUUAUAUUAGACACAUUCCCUAUUGUCCUGCUGCACUUGCUCAUUUUAUCAGACCAGUGAAGCCAGAAUGCUUUAUUUGGAGGAAAAGAAAAAAAAAAAUAGACAAGCACUGACGCCGUUUCUAGUUUGGAAAAGCAAACCAUUUUUGCGCAGUCUGGUCAGAACAAGUAGUGGUAGGUUGACAUGAGUACUACAUUGGUUUUCUCACUCAUUCAACACAAUAGGCCAGCUGCGGCAAUAAUGGCUUUGUCAAACAAUAGGAUGCGCAGCACUUUUUUUAUUUAAGUAAAAAAAAAAAAAAAAAAAAA